CCGGGCCGGUGUUCUAUUCCGCUGCGCUGCUGGAGAGACGCGGUGUUCCCACAGGCAGGAAGCAAUGGCUGGACGCGGCUCCUUGUUCUCGGCUCUCCUCCUGCACCAAGCAGCCAAGCAGUGCUGGAGACAGCGUUUUCAUUGCGGGGGUUUCUCCUCUUCUCUCCUGGAAAAAUGCGUGGCCAGCAACCUGCUGCCAGAGCCGGCACCGAACGGGGAGGCUUCAGAAGAUGGGCUGGGAUUUCGGAAAAGCCGUCGUUUUGUCCGUGAGCCCUCGCUGCCGUUCUCUGCCUUUCUGACAGACAGCUUUGGGAGACAACACAGCUACCUACGCAUCUCCCUGACAGAAAAGUGUAACCUACGCUGUCAGUACUGCAUGCCCGAGGAAGGGAUCAAGCUCACCCCGAAACCGCAGCUGCUGAGCACCGAGGAGUUGGUGACCCUGGCCAAGCUGUUCGUCCAGGAGGGCGUCGACAAGAUCCGACUGACGGGUGGGGAGCCCCUCAUCAGGCCUGACGUGGUGUCCAUCGUCGCCCAACUGCGGGAGCUGGACAAUCUGAAGACCAUUGCAGUCACGACCAACGGGAUCAGCUUGGCCCGGCAGCUGCCGAACCUGAAGGACGCUGGUCUCGAUCUGAUCAACAUCAGCCUGGACACGCUGGUUCCCGCCAAGUUUGAGUUCAUCGCCCGAAGGAGAGGUUUUCACAAAGUGAUGGAGGGUAUAAACAAAGCUCUCGACGCAGGCUAUAAUCCUGUUAAGGUGAACUGUGUCGUCAUGAGGGGCUUGAAUGAGGAUGAGCUCUUGGACUUUGUGAAGCUGACAGAGAAGAAGCCUUUGGAUGUGCGGUUUAUUGAGUACAUGCCAUUUGAUGGUAACAAGUGGAACUUUAAGAAGCUGGUGAGCUACCAGGAGAUGCUGGGCACCAUUAGGCAGAGGUGGCCUGAACUGGAGAAGUUGCCUUCAGGAGCCUGUGACACAGCAAAGGCCUACAAGGUUCCUGACUUCCAGGGCCGGAUUGGAUUUAUCACUUCCAUGUCUGAACAUUUCUGCGGCUCUUGCAAUCGACUGAGGCUCACAGCCGAUGGCAAUCUGAAGGUGUGCCUCUUUGGGAACACCGAAGUAUCUCUGAGGGAUGUCCUGAGAUCCGGAGCCACAGACUUAGAAAUCCUGGAGAUUAUCGGAGCCGCCGUGGGCAGGAAGAAGAAGCAACAUGCCGGGAUGUUUAACAUAUCGCAGAUGAAGAACAGACCCAUGAUUCUGAUUGGCGAAGAUCGUGCUCCUCCUGGUGCAGCUUACAACAUCACCAACUCAGCCCUACCAAGUCGGAGGGGCUCGGCGCCCGUCGGGGUGGGAAGAACAUUCUGGAACGAUGUGUUGAGCGGGGAGGGAGGCCUGUUAACCUUUAGGAGUGGAGUGGGGCCCACCGAGGGCCGGCCUGCCCUCAGAACGUACCGCGCUGCCCUCCGUAGACCCGGCAAGAGCGGAUCCGAGUGGGACGGCGGCCAGCAGGGCGGAACGGGGCAGGAGGCCGGGAGCCUGACUCAUGUUGACGCCCAGGGGGCGGCGGUCAUGGUGGACAUAGGGGGCAAGCCAGACACGCAGCGCACGGCCCAGGCCCGGGCUGUGGUGCGACUGGGUGAGCAGGCCUUCCGGCUGCUGCGGGCCGAGCGGCUGCGCAAGGGGGACGCCCUGGCGGCCGCUCGCUUGGCGGGUAUCGGCGGCGCCAAGCUGACGGCCCAGCUCAUCCCGCUGUGCCACCCGAUUGGGUUGCACUGGGCCGACGUGCGGUUGGAGCUGGACGAGGCCCGGUGGGCGGCGGUUGUCACGGCGACCUGCGGCACCCGCGGCAAGACGGGCGUGGAGAUGGAGGCCCUGGUGGCGGCCAGCGUGGCGGCACUGACCAUCUAUGACAUGUGCAAGUCCGUCACUCACGACAUUGUCAUCGAGGAGGUUAAGCUGCUGAGCAAGACGGGUGGGAGGCGCGGGGACUUCCACCGAGCUGACUGAGCAGCGGCUCAUUUGUCACCGCACCGGAACCCACCCCAUUUCCGAAACCCCUUCCCCCUCCAGCCAAGUCAUGGAAUUAACAUUGCAAAGCCCCCCGACUCUCUCUUCAUUCAUCGUCCGAAUAUAAAGCCCUGCGCCCUUUUUACCUUUUUUUUGUUUGUACUCCACCUUGGCCUUGUUGACGUUUUUCCUUCUGCCUCAUGUGACAGGGGCAGGCGGGAGAGAAAUCCAAGGUCAGGGGGACGCGGGAAGCCACCUUCUCCAGCAACCUACGAUCCUGUGGCAUUUUUUUUUCCCCGUAUUUUUGUUUUGACCAGAAGCACUCUUACAUGUGACCAAACUACUUUUUGUUUUGUUCCUCCCUGUUUGCCAGAUCAACUGCGCUAUUUCCUUCGUCUUUUAACCACACACCCCAGUAAAUCACGUGUUUUUUUUCCGAUGGUUGACACGCAAAGCCCAUUAAAGGUUAGGGAGUGGGGCGGGGGUGCUAAAUCAAGGUGUUAUCGCACUUGGAGAUGAAGCAUUCUAUAUCUUGCACCUUCCUCCAAAGGCACCGAGAACAAUUAUAGCACUUGUUAUAAAUGCACAUGAUGCACCCAUCCUGAGGCCUUUUUGAACAGGAAAACAGUAUAGCCAAGUGGGAAGAGGUGAUGGGAACUAAAUUCAAACAGAUGGGAUCUUUACAGGCAUUUCUUUUUCAAAAGGGAGAGGAGGAGACGAGUGCUCGGAUUAGAAACAUCUUGGGCAAUACCCUUCCUGGCCUUGAGAUAUUCUAGAGUCCUUCACGGCUGCUGAGCUACUUCCUCGGAGCAUCUCCACUGUUAUAAUCCCAGGGAAUGCUUCUCCAAGAGUCCAAAUGAGAGACAGCAGGAACGUGGGCUGGAGGGUGGGUGAGGUGGCAGUGGAGGAGGGUGGCAUUAGAGGACUGGGGCGGGAGAAACUGCCCACCCCCCCCCGAGGGAAGGGCGUGAGGGGGUGCAGAUGCAGCACCUCAUUUGGUGGCUCGCAUGCCAUGUUGGCAUUUAGAAGUGCUCCACAAGCCACAAGGAACUGCACGAGUCAGAAGUUUUGGAUGGUGGAAGGGUAGAGGAGGAGCUGGUCACGACAAAAAGUCAGGAGGUAUAGUGGAAAGGUGCUGGGUGGAAUUUGCACGGGGAAUUUUGAUUGGUCAUAGUAAGGAGGUAGAGAUUUGAAGCACCUUGAGAUGUAUACAUCAUCCAUUAAUAGUUGAGAGGAGAGUAAGGACAGGAGCGGGGUCGUAUUUGGAGCAACUGAAUGGAUUAGUCCCAGCUUUUUAGCUCCUCAAAUUCUUCCUGUUGCUCCCAGUGGUGUGUGCUGUUUCCAUGGUGAUUGCUGCCCCCUAUAAGAGUUCAGCCUCUUGGGUCUUUCUAAGUCACAAGUUCCGCCUUCACUGAGCCGGUUCCCACCGUUUAACAAAGCCAUGGGCGCGGUAAUGCAUGUGUCCCUUGCAAUGUCUGUAUUAAAUGCUAUGGUUCUGUUGCCUUUC